UGCCUAUACACUGCGACCUUGGUGCCCCUCCAUACCACUCUAAUUCCCACCCUAGCAUCGAUCCUUCUGCAAAGACCUCUCUUCUCGAGACUUGCUAGAAUCAUAUGCGCUCUAUGGCACCGAGACUACCCUCCUCAAGGCUACACUUUAUUCGUGAUAUGAUACAAGCCCAGUCACUAACUAGGUCUCAAAUGGCCGAAGCAGCUGAAUGCAGUGAACAAACGAUCAAAAAUAUUCGAAGAAACUUGCGACUGUUCGGAAGCGUCCAUGCCCCUGAAAAUCGUAUCGGUCGGAGACGAAGCGUAACACCACUGAUGCUAGAAGCGCUCUGCGAUCACCUGCUCGAAAAGCCUAGCCUAUACCUCGACGAGAUGGCUAUAUUUCUAUGGGAUGAAUUCCAGAUGCUAGCAACAACUUCUAGUAUUAGGAGAGCCCUUCUGUCCAAAGGCUGGUCUAGAAAAAAUUCUGAACAAAAGGCUAAAGAGCAGAGUGUGGAAUUGCGAGAGACAUAUCUUCAUAACAUCUCCGACUUUGAGUCGUACCACCUUGUUUAUGUUGAUGAAUCUGGAUGUGAUAAGCGGAUUGGGUUCCGACGGACAGGCUGGUCACCACUCGGUGUAGCACCAAAACAGGUGGCACAAUUCCACCGCGACGAGAGGUAUCAAAUUCUGCCUGCGUACUCUCAAGAUGGUAUCGUGCUCUCUCGCGUCUUUCGUGGCUCAACGGAUGCCUCCGUGUUUGAGGACUUCAUCGAUGAGCUGCUUCACCAUUGUGGAAGGUGGCCGGAGCCGAAGUCUGUCCUGGUCAUGGAUAAUGCAUCAUUCCACCACUCCGAGAGGAUUUCACAGAUGUGUGCCGAUGCGGGAGUAAAACUGGUCUACUUGCCUCCAUACUCGCCAGACUUGAAUCCAAUUGAAGAGUUCUUUGCUGAGCUGAAAGGAUUCAUAAGACGUAACUGGAGCUACUACACAGAAGAUCCUGCUCAGGGAUUCAGGUCCUUUCUAGAAUGGUGUACAGUCGAUUUCGAAAACAGCUUACCCCUUGACCACACUGACUUUGUUUCUCGGUCUAAUCAUAUGGACUUUAUGGCACCGGGUCUACCAUCCUCCAGGCUACACUUCAUUCGUGAUAUGAUACAAGAAUGUCGGGGGAACGCCAGGGUAUUGGGAAAUGCAGGUGACUUUGGGGCAUUGGUCGUUCCUGGGAAGGUCGCCCUCACCAGCGCCCAGCGGCGGUGGCGGUUGUUUCUUGGCGAUCUGGAAACUGCGGGCGUUGAUCAGUGA